CACUUGUCAGCCUCGAGUGUUCCACUCCUUCUCUCUCAUGCAUAAUUCUGCACGUUAGUGUCCAUGUAUCUCUUACAGCAAGACACCAACGGGGAUCUCACCUUGUCAGAGUUCUUUGGGAAGAAAAUACCACCAUAUGCGAUCCUCUUGCACACCUGGAUAGCCACACAUGAAGAGGUUAUAUUUAAGGAGAUAGUGAAAGGCAGAGGCAAGGCAAAAUCUGGAUACAGGAAGCUGCAUUUCACUACCAAGCAAGCCGUUAAAGAUGGCUUGCGGUACUUCUGGGUGGAUACCUGCUGCAUUGAUGAAGCGAGCAGCACAGAGCUUCAGGAAGCCAUCAACUCCAUGUUUCGAUGGUACCAAAGGUCGAAGAGGUGUUAUGCUUACCUUUCCGAUGUAUCAAGCGACACCAAGAGCAGUAAUAUAAGCGAACCUGGUCCAACCUUUCAACCCUCAUGGAGAGAAUCAUUCUCGAACAGCCGCUGAUUCACCCGGGGCUGGACUCUCCAAGAGCUCCUGGCCCCAAAGGCGGUUGAGUUCUACUCCAGAGAGGGAAUAAAACUGGGAGACAAGGCGUCGCUAUGUCUAGAUAUCCAAAAGGUCACGAAAAUACCCCCCGACAUUCUCCAAGGAAGCUACGCAUACUUGCUGCAAUACGAUGUCGACGAGCGCCUGUCUUGGGCUACUGAUCGGGAGACUACCCGCGAAGAAGACGCAGCCUACUCCUUGUUCGGGAUGUUUGACCUGCACAUGCCGCUGCUUUAUGGUGAAAGACGAACAAAAGCAUUCAUCCGUCUCCACUUAGAACGCAAGCGCAUAUUAGAAUAUGAGAACUCGAACGGGUUGAUUGCGAGAUUGAAGCCCAUUGAGUUUGAAAAUUCAGCGCAACGC